CUCCUGGUUUGUGGCACUGAGUGGAAACACCUGCAUGACAAAGCAGGUGAGAGAUCAGUCUGUUGUCUUCAGAUGCCGUGAGGAGCUUCAGCUUCAAAUGUGACUGUAAUGUCAGCACCGUCCGUCCGUUCAUCCGUCCUGGAAGCUGACCUUGUCAAGGACGUUUGAUUUGUGAAAGACAAUGCCUCGUGUCCUCUUCACCGCUGGAUUGCUGAUGGGAUUUUUGUCCAUGCGAUGUUUUUUGGGAUUGGACUCGUCUAAGAGAUAUACGCCGUAUGUCCGGCCGACGUCCGGUCAAGGAGAUCAACGUGGAAACAAAGGUGUAAAGUUGACUUCUCAAGCUAAUCCUUCACAAAGCACCCGGAUUCUGUGUUGGAUCAUGACGAGCCCCAAGAACCUGGAAUCCCGAACCAAGCACAUUAAGGAAACCUGGGCGGAGCGUUGCGACACGGUGCUGUACAUGAGUUCCGUUAAGACGGACUUCCCGACUGUCGAGCUGAACGUCAGCGAGGGCAGGGAAAACCUGUUCCGGAAGACCAUCCAGGCCUUUCACCACAUCCACCAGCACCACCUAAACGAUGCGGACUGGUUCCUAAAAGCCGACGACGACACGUACGUGAUUGUGGAAAACCUUCGCCGUAUGGUGUCGCAGCUCGACAGCGAGGAACCUUUGUACCUGGGAAGGAGGUUCAGGCCUUUCGUGGGUCAAGGCUACAUGAGCGGCGGAGCGGGUUACGUCCUCAGUAAGGAAGCGCUGAGAAGGUUCAUCCGAGGCUUCGCCACCGGAGCUUGCACACCCUACUCUUCCACGGAGGACUUAUCUCUGGGGAAAUGCAUGGAGGCCAUGAAGGUGGAACCGGUAGACACCAGAGAUGGGAACGGGCGGCAUACGUUCCACCCUUUCCCUCCAGAACGUUACUUGGUGGUACAGACCCAGAAAAAACCCUGGCAUCUGCUUUACGAGUACUACCCUCCCAUUCAAGGUCCAGGUUGCUGUUCGGAUUUCGCUGUGUCCUUCCACUACAUCUACGAUGUUCAACUUUACCUUUUGGAGUAUCUGACAUACCACCUGCGACCAUACGGAUAUAAAUACAGGUUGAAUUUGAGCCGUUAGAAUGGGAAUCUAAGGCUGGGAAUAAAAUGGUUUAAUCCAAAGUUACUAAGUACAAGUAAAUGCAGGUUGUUGACACAAAAGGAGUAUGGAAUUGCUAAUUUGCUAAUGGGGAAUUCUGGGCUUUCCUGAAACCAGUUGAGUCGGUACUUUUGUUGCCAUUUAUUUUAAAUUAGUAUUAAUUUAUUAUAAUUAAUUAUUAUUAUUAAUUAUCAAAUUAUAUUAGGAUUAAAAUAAAAAACAUGUAUUUUUAAUUAUUAUAAAUUUAAAUUAUUAAAUUAUAUUAGGAUUAAAAUAAAAAAAACACAUUUAUUUUAAAUUAUUAUUCAUUUAUUAUAAUAUUAUUCUUAAUUAUUAAAUUAUAUUAGGAUUAAAUUUAAAAAACACAUUUAUUUUAAAUUAUUAUUAAUUUAUUAUAAUAAUUAUUACUUUUAAUCAUUAAAUUAUAUUAGGAUUCAAAUUAAAAUAAAAAACACAUUUAUUUUAAAUUAUUAAUUUAUUCGAAUUAAUUAUUAUUUUAAAUUAUUAAAUUAUAU